GAGCGUGCAUGCAUCGCUGCCCCCCCACCCUCACCAACUCACCCCUCCCGCAGACCCCCCCCCCAACUCCUGUGAUAAUGAAGCGGCUCUGAGCGGCUGAGCUCUUCUGCUGCCUCUGACUCCCGGAGAAGAUGUUUUCCUCUGCGGGGAAGCGCUGCUUCACCAUCGAGUCUCUGGUCGCUAAAGAGAGUCCUCUGACCGCCGAGGAGCCCCUCCGGCCCGCGGCCCUGACCUACCCCGGGCCGGCCCCGGACGGCCUCAUCAACACCUACCACCAGGCUCCGCCGGCGCGCGCGCUCUACCAGAGCCCGGAUCUGGUGUUCCCGGAGGCGAUCAACCACCCGUCCCUGACGGUGGCCCCGCACCAGCUCGGAGGCCCCCAUAUGCAGCAUCCGCACUUUUUUGGGACCCAGCACCGAGACCCGCUCAACUUCUACCCCUGGGUCCUGCGGAACCGCUUAUUUGGACACAGGUUUCAAGGGAGUGAGCUGUCCCAGGAUGGCCUGCUGCUGCACGGACCCUUUGCCAGGAAACCCAAGCGGAUCCGGACGGCCUUCUCGCCGUCACAGCUGCUGCGUUUGGAGCGAGCCUUCGAGAAGAAUCACUACGUGGUCGGAGCCGAGAGGAAGCAGCUGGCGGGAAGCCUGAGUUUGUCCGAGACGCAGGUGAAGGUGUGGUUCCAGAACAGGAGGACCAAGUACAAGCGACAGAAGCUGGAAGAGGAGGGCCCAGAGAACCAACAGAGGAAGAAGGGAAGCCACCACAUCAACAGAUGGCGAAUCGCCACCAAGCAGGCUGGCUCUGAAGAGAUCGACGUGACCUCAGAGGACUGAAGCUCGCUGACCCCUGAGGACUUACUAUUUAUUCUGUAAAGUUAUUAUAGAUCGGUUAGACGAAGACUCACGGCGUGUGAGGACGUCUUCAUCAUCUGCUGAGUCCCACCGAAGACAAGCUCCUGUCCUGCCACGAUGAGACCUGGACCUUUGGUCUCACAGCCACAGGUACAGAAACAUAGAAGACCUCUUCUGAAGGAGGAACACGGACCUCCUCUGUGGGAGGAGCACUGACAUCUUUUGUAGGAGGAACAUGGACCUUCGCUGAUAGAAGAACAUGGACCUCCUCUGAAAGAGGAGCAUGGACGUCCUCUGAAGGAGGAGCACAGACGCAUGGACCUCCUUACAUGGAGGAACAUGGACCUCCUACAAAGGAGGUGUAUGGACUUUCCUCGAAAGGAGGAACAUGCCGCUCCGUCAUACUGUUGCUUUGAUGAAUUGUUUACUGUAAUGAAGGUAGUUUUUUUUUUUCAAACUCCCAUCCUGUAAGGUUUCUCCACAGUGAAGAGGAGGCGUGGCCUCACAGCCGCUCUGUUGAGCGGGCAAAGGCUCCUUCCAGCCUUUUGUUGCAUCUCGCGUUGAACGUCCUUCAGGGAGGAGGGGGGGACCUGAGAGCAGCCGUGCAUGACUCGGGGGGACAGACGAGAAGCUGCAGGCGCUGGGGUGUGGAGGGCAAGUCGAGUCACAUUUGGGUGGGGGCGUUUGUGGGGAGGUGGAGCGGCCGCUGCAGAAAUAAAAGCCAGAUGAUUUCAAACUGUGUUAUUGUGGCCUUCCUGUAGGUUUUUCCACUCGGAUGAAACUGAAGCUGCAGAUUGGUGUGAAACGCGCAGCUCCAGUGUUUGAUUGGAUUCAACACAAAGUGAAACACAUGAAGCACAGGUGGAGGGGGGGGGGGGGCAUACAAUGUGAGUUUCCAAAAAUGCUCAACAAUCUGCGAUAAAUCCAGCAGCGGCAGAAGAACGACCAGAAGAGGCGGAGCAGCUGAAGGGCGUGGAGGCAGAGGACAUGAGGGAGUCAAAUCCAGCAGUUCCUGCUUUUUACAAAGGUGCACAAUGGAUCAGACAUGCGGGGGGGCAGAGAGGUCACCUCCAGACUUGUUUUGAGUUCUUGGGAUAUCCUAUACUCCCUGCAGGUGCAGAGAGGACAUCAGGAGUCAGUCUGAGCAGCACCUCAAAUGGGUUUUGUACCCCACAGUCACAGCUCUUUAGAAAAAGAGAAGGUGGGCUACACCCUGGACAGGUCAACAGUCUGCAGCAGCUUAUAAACAUGUCAAAAUAACAAAAAUAAAAUGUCUGAAGUAAUAUUACAGAUUUGUGAUCAUUACAAUUUUUCUGAGAAAUUAAUUCAUUAAACAAAAGUGGUCAUGAAGUACAGAAUCCUCUCUGAUGAUGCAUUUUCACUUUAAAACAGGAGAAUACAUUUACCUUUAAAUUGUAUUUUCAUUAAAUUACAGCAGACAAGUGGGAGGUAAUAUUUAAAGGUUGAUUGGACCAAACUUUUGUUUCUGUUCCCAUCCUAGGAGACAAACCCCCUUCAUCCCUUCUUUCUUUUUUUGAAGACCCACGCCAAUAAAAAUGUGUGUUUUUGGUGUUUUUAACGACAUU